AUGGACCGCCUACUGCAGGCUAAUCGCAGUGCGGCUGACCUUGACGGAGAAAAGGCUGCUGAUGCUGAAGAAAAUUCAGAGCGGUCCCUGCAGGAUGGGCUUCUUCUGUUCCAGAAUAAGCUCGUGGUCCCUGAAGAGGGCGACCUUCGCACCCGAUUGCUUGAUAUGACCCACCGACAGCCCUCUACUGCACACCCAGGACGAACCAUGACAGAAACUCUGCACAUCCUUAUGGAUUUCCGCUCCUGCCCGAAGGACAAGCACGGCUUUGACGAGACCUGCGUGAUCGUAGAUCGCCUGACGAAGCGGGUGAUCUCGAUCCCCUGCCACAAGAACGUAUCCGCAGUAGAUAUGGCCCAGCUCUUCCUCGAAUAUACAUAUCGAUGGGUAGGACUGCCAGAGUCAAUCCUUUCGGACCGCGGAGGCCAGUUUGUAUCGGCCUUCUGGGAGGAGCUCUGCCUGCGGCCGAGGAUCAAGCGCAGACUGACCUCGGGGCAGAAGCCCUCCACGAACGGCCAUACGGAGAUCGUCAAUCACUGCUGCCGGAUAUGGACUUCGCCUACGCCAUCCUCGAACACGAGUCAACCGGGCUUUCCCCUCUUCCAGGUUGAGCGUGGCUACGAGCCCCGGGUCUCCUUUGACUGGGCCUCGCUCUCGCAGCCUCGGGAUAGGCCCCAGGAUCAAGCCGGGGCUUGCCGGACUGCCUGCCGUUUGGAGCAGAUCUGGGACUACGCUAGGGGUCAGAUUGAGCUGGCUCAGGUGAAGAUGAAGCAGCAGACCAAUAAACAUCGUAGGCUAAUGGAUUUCAAGGCCGAGGGCUGGGUCUACGUGACUACUAAGGACUGGGAGUUAGGCCGUCCAAGCCGCAAGUUCGGUGAUCAAUAG